GCUCAGCGUCACCUCAAUGAAAGAGUAAACAGAAGUGGCUGAUUAUAUACAGUAAAUACAACCAUUCAAAAUGAGCCGACUUUAUAAAACAAUUGAGCCCAGUGUCAUUGAUGAUGAAAUGCUUGAAGAGGCAGUGAAGAAACAGGGACCGUCAGGAAGAGCUGGGCAAAUAGCCCAGUUAGAAGGAAUUGAAUUCAAAGAUGUAAAACAUCUUCAACUGGAUUACAGAAAUAUACUGAAGAUUGAUAAUCUGUGGCAGUUCAAAACACUGACCAAACUCCAGUUAGACAAUAACGUAAUUGAAAAAAUUGAGGGACUGAACACUCUGACCAACAUCAUGUGGCUAGAUUUGUCCUUUAAUAACAUUGAGAUAAUUGAAGGCUUGGAUGAACUGGUUAAGCUGGAAGACCUCAGUCUGUACAGUAACAGAAUUUCCAAAAUUGAAAAUAUGGACUCAUUAGUAAACCUGCAAGUCUUCUCUAUUGGAAAAAAUCACAUCGAUAAACUGGAAAAUAUUAUCUAUCUCAGAAGAUUUAAGAGGCUGCGCACACUAAACCUAGCUGGCAAUCCAAUGUGUGAAGAUGAGCAGUAUAGCAUGUACAUUCCUGCCUACCUGCCUAUACUGAUGUAUCUGGAUUUCAGAUUAAUAGAAAAGACCACAAAAGAAAUUGCUUUAGAAAAGCAUCACAGUGCUGUUGCAAAUUUGAUGUACCAUGAAGACAUAGCAUUUAAAAAGCUCGAGAAGAUAAGGUUACAAGAGGAGGAACUGGCUCUACAUAAGGCCGCCUAUGUAGAAUAUUUGAAUGGACCUGGACUGUUUAACACAAUGUUCUCAGAAGAUCCUGAAGCACCAAAGCUUUUAAUGUUACCUGGAGUGACCGAAUUUUUGGACAUAUACAAGGCUGAAUUCACCAACAUUUGCCAGAAACUCUUCACACAUGGGCUGAAAGGGUAUGAAAAACGUCAGAAGGAACUGGAACAUUUUUUGGAAUGCCUCCGAGAAGCAAUUGAAGAAAACCAGCAAAAAGGAGUAAAGGUCAUCAAAGAAUUUGAAGAGAAGAAUAAAGAGCAAUUUAAUGAAAUACAACAUAUGAGUGAUUCUGAACUUCUGGAAAUUCGGAUCAAAGAAUUCAGAGUCGAAGUCAAUCAGCUGUGGAACAAACUGAUGAGCCUAGAGAUGCAACUGGUUGACCAACUGGAGGAAACAAUGAGCAAUUUUGAACGAAAUAUUUCAGAAAUUGUUACAACUUACGUUGAAAAUGUACAAGCUCUAAUAGCUCAGUGCAGAGACCUAGAAAAUCGUUACAAUGAGAAUAUAUUGGAAAUCGCUAUGACUAGUUACGACAAAAUGGGAAAAAAUGAAGGGGAAGAGGAAAUGCCAGAAGAACUCAGAGCACUCUUUGUAGAUAAAGAUACAGUAAUUAACACAGUUAAUGCAUCACAUGACAUGCACCUGCUUAAGAUUGACAACCAAGAAGACAAGAUGGUGACGAAGGCAAAUGGCUGGGCUGCGGAUGUGAUUGAAAUGCUGCACACAGAUGAAAUAAAGCGCAACCGUAAACGAGUUUUAGAAAUUAACAUCUAUGUCAGCCACUGGCGGGAUGAGCUGGAUUUCCUGGAGCUCCAGGACAUGAACUAAUUUUUACGUAUAACAUUAAGAGGGAGAGGUAGUACAAUGUGGCUUUCAGAUCCUUGUGCUCCUGUUCUAUGUAGGCUCUAAGAUAAUCAGAUUUAA